AUGUCUGACUCCGGGGUGCCCGGCCUCCGGCCCACCUUGCUGCUCGGCCUGCUGGCCGGCCUCCAACAGGCUGCAGCCCAAUGUGGGAUCAUCUCGGGCACCAGCAAGCCCCUUUCUGUGCCCCCCAGAAAAUGCCCUGAAGGAUUCAUAUGCUGUGGCAACCACUGCUGCAAAGAGCAGGACAUCUUCUCUGGCCCCCUGAGGGUCUUCAUCAUCACCUUCCUGGUUACCUUCCUCCCCUUCAUGUGCAUCUGUGGCUUGGUGAAGCGCUACUGUCGCAACUGCAGAAAGCCAGAGCUGGACAUCCCAAUGGAUCAUGUGGGACCCCCAGAAAGGCCCUCCAUGGCCCCCCCAGAGAGGGUGGGGGUAUCCAUUCCUGAGCCCCCGCCCCCCUACAAUGAGGUUAUUCUGAAGCCUGUCCUGCUCCCCACAGAGCCACCCCCUCCCUACAGCUUCAGGCCCGAAGAACAUGCUGGAGCCCACAGGGGCAUCGACAACCCAGCCUUCUGAGCCACCUCCUGUCUGGAACCCACCG